CUUUGUUGGAAAAUAGGUUAUAGGUGUAGAACAUUCACGUCUUGGCGGUGAAUCGGCGAAAUUCAAAUUUAAGGCCACACCGGAAAAGACAAACUUAAUCUUUGUAAAAGAAAGAACCGUGUAUCCUGUCGUUGUCGUACGGCCUGACCGGCGUUUGUCAAAAAGGAAAUAAGUUUGCGUAAUAAUGCUUCGUCAAAUUCAAGUUUAAUCCCAAUUUGAAAACGACCUCGUUUUAUUUAGAGGUGGAAACUUUCUUCUGGUCUCGCCAUCGUUUCAACUGAACAAUGCUUAGUUUUCUCGUCUUCAUGCUCUUAGAUAUCUGAUAUCUCAGCUUCUCACAAUACUGGCAGUUUGUUGGAACUCAUGUUGUGUACAAAGAGAAGAAAGAAUUAAAAGCUCUCGACUUUAUGCAGUAAAGAAAGGAGAGAAUGACCCUAAACCUCACUUUGGAAAAACUAACAAAAUCCAGAACAAAAUUAAACUUGAAAACUGUACGACCACAGUUCUAUCAUCAACUCCACACUCAUAAUUCUCUGUACCAAUCCCAUGUCAUUGCCUUAAACCUCCGGGAGUCUUUAAUAGACGUUAAAUGCCCAGCCGCCCACCACGUGUUUGAUAAAAGUCCCCAACAAGGCCUUUUACAGUGCAAUCAUUUGCUUUUUGAGUACUCUCGUAAUAAUUCUCACCAUGAAGUUGUUAAUCUCUUCGUGGGUAUUCACCGUUCGGGGAUUUUGAUUGAUGGAUCAACCCUUUCCUGUGUUCUCAAGGCUUGUGGAUGCUUAUUUGAUAAACAUAUUGGGAUUCAAGCACAUAAUUAUUGUGUAAAGUCUGGUUUUUUGGAGGAUGUUAGUGUUGGAACAUCUCUUGUUGAUAUGUACUUGAAAAAUGGGAGUGUUGAAGAAGGAAGGAGAAUGUUUGAUGAAAUGGAAGAAAGGAAUGUAGUGUCAUGGACAUCGUUGCUCACAGGUUAUGCACAAAAUGGAUUGAAUGUGGAGGCACUGAAGUGUUUUUUUAGAAUGCAAGCAGAGGGGAUUAAGCCUAACCCGUUUACAUUUGCAACUGUUCUUGGAGCUUUGGCAGAUAAAGCUAUGGCGGAAAAAGGAAUUAAAGUUCACACAAUGGUAGUAAAGAAUGGGUUUGAAGAAAAUAGAUUUGUCUGCAAUUCACUGAUUAAUAUGUAUUCAAAGUCAGGGAUGGUUGGAGAAGCUAGGGCUAUUUUUGAGAGUAUGGCUGAUAGGGAUAUUAUUACUUGGCACAGUAUGGUUACUGGCUAUGUAACGAAUGGGCUUUAUUCGGAAGCUUUUGAGACAUUUUAUCAUUUAAGAUUAGCUGGUCUAAAGCUCACAAGUAUGCUUUUUGCAUCCGUUAUUAAGUCAUGUGCUAAUAUCAAGGAACUGGGUUUUGCUAGGCAGCUUCAUUGUCAGGUCUUAAAGGGUGGGUUUGAUUUUGAUCAUAAUGUUAGGACAGCACUGAUGGUAGCUUAUAGUAAAAGCAAGGAAAUGGAUGAUGCUUUUAAGAUAUUUUCUGCAAUGCAUGAAUUUCGAAAUGUGGUUUCCUGGACAGCUAUGAUUAGUGGGUACUUGCAGAAUGGUAGAGAGAAGCAAGCUCUGAAUCUAUUUUGCCAAAUGAGCAGAGAUGGUGUUAGACCAAAUAAUUAUACUUAUUCUACUAUUCUUGCAGCUCAACAAGUUGUUUCUCCUUUUGAAAUACAUGCACAAGCCAUCAAAAGUAAUUAUGAGAAGUCAGCGUCAGUUGGAACUGCACUUUUAGAUGCUUAUGUUAAACUAGGAUAUCUUGUUGAAGCUUCAAAAGUUUUCGAAAGAAUAGAUGAGAAGGACAUUGUGGCAUGGUCAGCAAUGAUAGCUGGAUAUGCUCAAAUAGGAGACACAGAAGGAGCUGUUAAGAUAUUCAUCCAAAUGGCAAAGGAAGGCGUUGAACCUAAUGAGUAUACCUUCUCUAGUGUAAUUAAUGCAUGUGCUGUCCCUACAGCAGCAGUAGAACAAGGAAAGCCGUUUCAUGCCUGGUCAAUUAAGUCAAGAUUUAAUGAUGCUUUAUGUGUCAGCAGUGCCCUUGUCACGAUGUAUGCAAAGAGAGGGGAUAUUGAGAGUGCCAGUGAAGUUUUCAAGAGGCAAGAGGUGAGAGAUAUAGUUUCUUGGAACUCAAUGGUCUCUGGAUAUGCGCAGCAUGGCCAUGGGACGAAGGCUCUUGAGGUAUUCAAGGAGAUGCAAAGGCUAAAAUUGGAAUUGGACGAUGUGACAUUUACUGGUGUGCUUACAGCUUGCACGCAUGCUGGAUUAGUGGAGGAAGGUCAAAGACACUUCAAUAUAAUGGUGAAAAGUCACCACAUUGAACCAAAAAUUGAGCACUAUUCUUGCAUGGUUGAUCUAUAUAGCCGGGCUGGAAUGCUUGGAAAAGCCAUGGAUGUCAUAAAUAGUAUGCCAUUUCCUGCAGGUGCAACUGAAUGGCGAACUCUCUUGGCUGCUUCUCGUCUUCAUCACAAUGUAGACCUGGGAAAGCUUGCAGCAGAAAAGCUCAUAACUCUGCAGCCACAACACUCAGCUGCAUAUGUUCUGCUAUCCAAUUUAUAUGCUGCCCAAGGAAAUUGGCAAGAAAGAGCAAAAAUAAGGAAAUUGAUGGAUGAGAGAAAAGUGAAAAAAGAAGCUGGUUACAGCUGGAUUGAGGUGAAAAAGAAGACAUAUUCAUUUUUGGCAGCUGAUGUUUCUCAUCCCAUGUCAGAUGAAAUUUAUUCAAAACUUGCAGAACUAAGCAUCCGAUUGAAGAAUGCUGGCUAUCAGCCCGAUACUAAUUAUGUGCUUCAGGACAUUGAUGAUGAACACAAGGAAACCGUUCUUUCUCAACAUAGUGAAAGACUGGCCAUUGCUUAUGGAUUGAUUGCCACACCUGCAGGAACUCCUCUGCAGAUUGUAAAGAACCUAAGAGUCUGUGGGGACUGCCACACUGUUAUUAAGUUAAUAUCAAUGAUUGAAGAGAGGUAUAUUGUUGUCAGGGAUUCAAACCGUUUCCAUCACUUUAAAGGCGGUUUUUGCUCUUGUGGGGAUUAUUGGUGAGGGCUCAUUGGCUUACGAGUUUCAUUUAGAAACAUCCAGUGGAAAGCUGAGGACAAAAAGACCAUCCUCAAGCUGAGAACUGAAUCUUGUUUACACGCUGCAAUAAUUUCACCAGAAAUAGAACCACAGUUUGGCAAUAUGAUUUGAAUCUUCUACACAAUAACUUUGUUGUGAAGGUUUAUGAAGCAAAAACUGAUGUAUUUCUUUAAUUGUUUCUGAUCCUUUUUGGAUCAGAAUGAAAUCUAAUUUUUCUGUAUAAUGUUUCUCCUUCUUCACCAUUGAAGAUCAGAUUAGGAGGCUCUUUGCAAGAUAAGGAACAUUGUGAAGUAAAACAACAGCAGACAGAUCCUGCUAUGCAAGGGAGAGGUCGACAGCAAGAUGAUUGAGUUGACAGGGAAAAAGGGAAUUAUCCGCUGAAGCAGAAACAAGUAUACUUUUUCAAUAGCAUGGUUAGCUCCAACUGAUUUUUUAAUUUUAAGGCAAACAGGCUGGGGAGAGAAGCGAUCAAGGAAAAGAGUGCACAGGUUAAGUCAACAAGCUUGAAGAUGGCAAGUCUGGCAUUUUUUAGAAAGUGUCUGCUGAUGCUUCAGCAUCGAUCAAUAUCUGCCAACAAUGCGUCUGUGGCCUGUGGUUGAUGAUGCAGUGUUCAUUCUCGUGGCUAUUUUUGUCUCAAGGAGAUUAAGCAAUACCAAGAUAUUCAAGGGAUGCAAAUGAUUCUUCAAAUCACAUACAGCUGCGAUGGACCAUUAUUUUCCUGCAAACAUUUUAAAAAAAAUUAAACGUUGAAAUUUUUUUUAUAUGUAUAAGUUAGGAUCAUAUCUUAACCUCUACAUUGUCAUGAACUCGUACCAUUGUAGUUUGAUUACUGCAAGAUUGAACUCUUUUCGAGCCUAAUUAAUAAUAUAAUUUGAAAAAACAAAA